AUGGCGUCUCCCAUAGCGCCAAACGAUCUGUAUGUUUCAUACACCACUUUCGACACAGAAGGAAAUGUCACUGCGGUGUCGCAGAAGAUCCCCAAGGCUCAGUUCUUGAAUGAGAACAACUUGUUUCCCCGAGAUUUGAGGAAAGUCGACUCGUCUUCCAUCGACGUGGCGCCGACAAUCAUGGUUCGGUCCGAAAAUGCUAUCAUUGUCAACUUGCUUCAUAUAAAAGCCAUCAUCAAGAACGACAACAUCAAGAUCUUCGACACGGCCAACCCAUCGGUGGCAUCCAAAUUGGGUCUUUUUAUGUACGACUUAGAGCUUAAGCUCAAAACCCCCAGCUCCCUUCCCUACGAGUUCAAAGCGUUGGAGUGUAUCCUUAUAAGUGUACUCAGCUAUCUCGAGGCGCAGCUACAGACGCACUUGACCAGCUGCGGGAAAAUCCUAGCUGAGUUGGAGGACAAUAUCAAUCGUGAAAGCUUGCAGGAACUCUUAAUCAAACUGAAAAAACUUUCUGGUUUUUUCCAGCGAGCCACUUUAAUCAGAGACGUGCUCGAAGAACUCUUGGACAAUGACGAGGACUUGAAUGGCAUGUACCUCACCAAAGGGCUCAAAUACAAUCCCUCAGACACCGCCCUUGACUACUCAGAGAUAGAGAUGAUCCUAGAGACAUACUAUCAACAUUGUGACGAGGUUGUACAGCAGGCUGGAUCGUUGAUUAGCGAUAUCAAAGCCACCGAAGAAAUCGCUAACAUCAUUCUUGAUGCCAACAGAAACUCGCUCAUGUUGUUCGAAUUAAAAGUGACCAUCUACACUCUUGGCUUCACGGUGGCUACGCUCAUACCAGCAUUCUACGGAAUGAACCUCAAAAAUUAUAUCGAGGAUUCAUUCUACGGGUUUGGUGCUGUGGUUGCCAUGUCAAUUGUCCAAGGAUUGUUGAUCACGUACUGGAACUUCAAGAAAUUACAUAAGGUGCAGACCUUGACAAUGAUGGCAAGUCCUGGCACCACAACAAAAAACAGGCUGCAGUUUUACGGCUUGGAGGGAGGCUGGCCUCGCAAACAAUGGCUUUCCAGACUUUUAUUUGGAAGACGUGCAAAACAACUUCCUCCCACGCGUGAGGAAAGGGAUGUCAUAUGGCGCAUGAUAAAAAAUGACAAGAAUAUACGCUAA